UGGGAAAUUUAAAAAAAUAACGAGCAAAUAGUAACAUUUUAGGCAAUAAAUUAUUUAGGUCUUAACGGGUAUACCAGCUACGUAAAGUGAAGAUUUUUAUAAUUAUAACAGUUGCUCAUAAGUUUAUUUCAGGAAUUAGUUUAAAAUGUGUCGCACCGUGCACGCCGUAUUGCAGACUCUAAUAUGUGGGGUCCAAAUGUUAGUCCGCGUCCUAAUGACGAUCCUUCUCAUGAUAGAAAACCUUAUACGCAUGGUUCUACAGACUUUAUACAAUUUCAUAUCCUUUAUGCUUCAACUAUUGUCCCUGAUCCCAAUCUGUGUGGUGUUUCUUGUAUCCGCUCGACUCAAGUGUUUUAUGUGCGGAGGCGGAGGCGGGUGCCAGCCGGGCAGAGGAGGCGCCUGCGACUGUAUUAUGUCAUUGGUUGCGAUCGUCAUCCUGUUCUUCAUAUUCAAAUCCACUGGAGUCAUGGACAAAAUUUUCUACAGCAUGGGCUACGCGAAAGCUGCUUACGAAGCCGAGCCGUAUGUCCCCACUCCCGGCGACAUCACGGAAUGCUCUCGAAAUGACACCGACCAAGACAUUGAAUACCUUGUAAGGACUGAAACGUAUAUCGCAACUUUCGAAACAAGCGCUGCUGCCUAUUUGGAUGCGCUCGUUGAAGAUUACACUCAAAUGCUUGUGACAACAAAGAAAAAAUCUAUUGUUCCUAACGAACCGGAGGAAACAGAAUACUUCCCUUUGACUACUAAAGAGAAUGUAAUUUUUACUUCGCCGAUGGUUGAUGUUUUCACUCCACUUACUAAAGCCGCGACUGAAGCAAUAAUAAAUUAUGCAUUAACUAAAGAGGGAGAUGAAAUGGGGGAUAUAGUAGCCACGGAGGCAACUGAUCAAACUACUACUACUGAAAGUAAUACUAUUAAAGCUGUUAAUACAAUACCUACCGAGGCAAUCAAAAUAGUAAUUACAACCACUACAGAGGCUGUUGAAAUGACUGCAGAAGAAGCCAUUGGCACAGAAACACAAGUGACCAAUGAAAUAAUAAGUGAUAUAAAAACCACUGGAGCUAUUUAUACAGAAGCUCCGGAGGCAACCGAAAUAAUAAAUGAUGAAAUCACGAGUACUUCAACGUCAGAGGCCGCUCAAAUAAGUAGCGUGUUCGUUGAUGAAAUCCAAACAGGAAUAUCCCCUACCCGUGUGGCAGACCACGAAGUGGCUACUCAAGUUGAUGAAAAAGAAGAAACUGGAACAACAAAUGAAGUAGUCGAUAGUGAAACUGCACUUUUUACUAAAGAAGCUCUUGAUAUUGAGAUAACUGACACUCCUUUUGAUACUCCUACUGAAGCACCUGACAUGAGUAUGUCUGACACUCCUAAUUUAGAAGGAAUGACAGAAACAACACUAGAAUCUUCAACUGUGCCAGAAAUUGUGCCUUAGUUUG